UAUAGGCAGAAUAUUCAAUUCAAUCCCAUGUCAACUUUUCAUUCAUUUGUCUAGUAAACACACACAGACACGCGCAAGAAUGAUCCAAUAAACUGUAUAGAUCUCAUCUUCCUCAUCGCCGUUGAUCAUUUUCUUGAAUGCCCUUUCGAUCUCAUAAAUAUUUCUUUGAUUUGGGCAUAUCUAUAUUUUACAGGGCAGGGUUUCAAUAUAUCUAUAUCUAUAGAUUUUUAUUUUUUGAAAAUGCCUACAAGGGUCGCGAACAAGAGUGGAGUUGAAGGUGAAGACUGCAUGCAUAAGAUGUCUAGUGUCGAAUCGCCGGCAGUUUACGACGGAGAUCGGCUGUUUCCGGUAGCGAAAAAGGUGGGUUUUAAGGAUGUUGAGAAGAGAGAGAAAGAAGAAAAGAGAUUUGAUUCUCAAAAUUCUGCUUCCGAAUCAUCGUCUAUAGGAAAAAACAGUGAUAUUUCUGAGAAAUCAUCGGAUAAUCUUGACGAAGAGGUUCAGAGUUCAUUUAAAGGGCCCUUGGACGCCAUGGAUGCCUUGGAGGAGGCUUUACCAAUACGGAGGGGCAUUUCAAGAUUCUACAAUGGAAAAUCCAAGUCCUUCGCAAGUUUGGCGGAUGCAUCGUCGUCGUCCAUAAAAAAUCUCUCGAAACCCGAGAAUGCAUACACAAGGAAACGAAGAAACCUUCUCGUCUGUAGUAUCGCUAGCUGGGAUGUCAAGAAUAGAAGCCCCCUUUCGAGGAGUAACGGAGGUGGGGUUUCUAAGAGAAAUGCCAACUCGAGUCGAACCACAUUGGCCUUGGCCGUUGCCAUGAGCAAUUCCGGAAGUGACAAGCAUCCCACCGAAUGCAACUCUUCAGGAUCAUCCUCGUCGUCUUCUCCUCGGAAGGAUUUCCCGGUGUGGCGAUCCUUCUCAUUGGCCGAUUUGCAACAGAGCGUGACUACUACAACCACAUGUACUUCUUCAGAUCAAGUAGCUAUGAAUCCUUAAUACUAACUAAACACAUUGACAUACAACCUAAUUUUGAUCCGAUGAUGAUCAACUGAUGUGACUUUCAACACAGUCUUGCUACUAGGAUGUCCCAAAAUUGAUUUUUCAAUGUCUCUGUAAGUGAAAUCUACUAAUAAUAUUUUUCUUUGUCGAUGCUUCAUUUUGAUAAUUCAACUACACUUUGUUUUA